CCGCGGCAAGAGCGAGGCCGGCCACCCGUCCCCUCCCUCCCUUCGCCGCCCCAACGCGUGAGCAGCCGGCAUGAACCUGGUGAUGAUUGCGGCCUACAUUCCUAGCCCGCCGCUGCCUAUAACUAGGCCUCCCCGCGUUCCCCGCGGCCGCGGCCCCACACCCACCGCCAAAGAAGUAGUAGUAGCAGCGCGAGCAAGCAGGGGUUGGAGGCGGGCGCGCGGGGACCUGUCGCGGGGCUCGAAGGAACCGCCGCGGAGCUGGAUCGGGCGGGACUCGAGCGUUCAAGCCUCGGCGCCUCUGCGCAACCUGAGCGCGUCUCGCCCGUUCGGCUCUCUCUGCUCUUGCCUCUUGGGGAACACGAGCAAAGGAGUCGAGAGCUUCCAGGCCUAGGCUUCACUGCACAACCUGAUUGUGUCACAUUCGUUUGGCUUUCUCUUCUCAUGGAUAUUGACGAACCAAGAACUCCGAAGCCUGCAGAUAUGAGAUCCAGAGGGGCCCAUAAACAUUGGUGUAAAGUCUGCACUAAGAACUUCCCUUCAAGGAGGGCUCUUGGAGGCCACAUGUCGUGCCACCGGUUUGCAGGCAUGCAGCCAAGGAGCACACCCAGCCCUCCUGUCAUUGUUGUCGAUCUUCCUGUGUCGCUGCUGAAUUCCAGUGAUGAGAAGCCUUCACUGACAUCUUUGGAAACUAAAUGCCUGCACUGCUCAAAGGAGUUCUCUACCUGCCAAUCUCUGAGGGGAAACAUGCAGAUGCACAGUGCCAAGAAGGUGAUGAUCAAGCCCGACGAAGAACCAGCUGGGCUGAUGGGAGCUUCGGCCAAUGCUAAUGGUUAUCAUGGGCACAAGGUGAUGCUAUUUUCUCCAGUGAAGCGUAAGCGAUCAAAGAGGGGCAUGCCAGCGCUUGACUCGGAGGAAAUGUGUGCUGCAGCUACUCUCCUGAUGCUUGCAGGGUAUUCUGACAAGAGUUCUGCUUAUGACAGUUGCUGUAGGGGAGACAACAAUGACAACAUUUCAACGCCCAAUUUGUUGAAGGAGGUGAAUCUGAAUGCUUUUGAUCAGCUGUCUCAAUCGGAUGAGUUCCUGAAUAACACGAGGCCCAAGUCUGACAAGAAUUCAGCUUUUGAGGGUUUCUAUGAUUUCUCUGAGAAGGAAAACAAUUUGAAUUUAGCUGCUGAUGUUCCCAAGAAGAUGGUGCUGUUGAAUGUAUUUGAUGAUGGGCUGGUGGAUGGAGAUGCUGAAUUCAUGAAGCCAGGGGCUGACAUUUCAGUUGACGAGGUGAAGUAUGGUAGCCUUUCAGCUGCAGUGAACAUCAAGAGGUACCAGUGCAAGGUCUGCAGAAAGUUAUUAAGGUCAGAGUACGCAUUGGGUUGCCACAUGAGGUUACACUGUGAGAAGGAAAACAGUUUGAAUUUGGUUCCCAAGAAGCUUGCACAGCUGAAUGUGUUUGAUCAUGGGCUGGAUGUAGAUGCUGAAUUCAUGAAGCCAGGGGUCAACAAUUCCAUUGAAGACUUGAAGUCUGGUGACCUUUCAGCUGCCAUGAACAUCAAGAGUUACCAAUGCAAGGUCUGUGGAAAGUUAUUAAGGUCAGGGCGAGCAUUGGGAGGCCACAUGACGUUACACUUACACCAUGGGCAGAAGACUUUGAAUUUGGUUGCUGAUGUUCCCAAGACGGAGGUGCUUCUGAAUGUGUUUGAUCAUGGGCUGGAUGCAGGUGCUGAGUUCAUGAAGCCAGGGGUCAACAAUUCCAUUGAAGACUUGAAGUCUGGUGACCUUUCAGCUGCCAUGAACAUCAAGAGUUACCAAUGCAAGGUCUGUGGAAAGUUAUUAAGGUCAGGGCGAGCAUUGGGAGGCCACAUGACGUUACACUUACACCGUGGGCAGAAUACUUUGAAUUUGGUUGCUGAUGUUCCCAAGACGGAGGUGCUUCUGAAUGUGUUUGAUCAUGGGCUGGAUGCAGGUGCUGAGUUCAUGAAGCCAGGGGCUGAUAUUUCAGUUGAGGAGUUGCAGUCCGGUGUUCUUUCAGCUGCAGUUAACAUCAAGAGACACCAAUGCAAGGUCUGUGGGAAGUUAUUAAGGUCAGGGCGCGCUUUGGGAGGACACAUGAGGUUACACUAUGUCCGGAAGUGCAAUCUUGACCAAGGGGUUGCUGAUUGUCCUAAUUCUGCUAUGAUGGAAGAGCAAAUGCAGAAGCUUGGAUUGGACUCAUCCAUCCUUUAUCGGCGUAGACCACGUUCACAUGGGAGCGAAAUCUGAUUCUGAGCCAUAGUUUGUGGCGAGCAGCCUUCAGCAGGCUGUGGCCAAAGCUGGGUUCAACAUGUUGUCCGAAACUCAUACCGAUUAAGUUGUCCAUAGACUCAUUAGUAGUCUGGAAAUGAAAGAUCUCCGUUUCGUCUGCUGUAUUCUGUAGAUAGUUAAGAGAUUUUGAGACUAACACUUUCUUGAUCAACAAAAUUUGCCAGCUAGGGAAGGGCAGGGAUCUUAAGUCACUGCUCGGUUGUGAAACAGUGUAGAAGUAUGUGUGGUAGCAUACUAGCAUGCAGUGUAAAUGUGUAAUGCAAUGCAUGAGCUUGUGAAUGGACUGAAGCUCCCAGACAGUUUUGCUUGGCUGUACACUGAUGUU